AUGGGCCAAGUUAUGUUAUAUGUCGAUGGAAUGAAUGGAAUAAUUGCUCAUAUAGAAACAGUUCAAUGGCUUUAUGAAUUACUUGAUUCUCCGGUCGGUUUAAAUUUCUGCUCUUUUUAUAGAGAAGAUUGA